AUGGUACAGCAGUCAACUGAUCGAUGUUGGGUGAAGAUUAGACCUCUCCCUAUAGGCCUCGCUGUAUGUGCCUAUACGGUGGUCGAUACCUUCCGCUUGUUGGUGAAGGGCUGGGCUGAUGAAGAGGAGAUGGUCAAGCAGCAGGUCGUGAUCCUCGGGAUGCGCCUCUGGGCCUUCCAUCAACUUAACAGUCUCCGGGAUAUUGAUGACAACGAGCCUCUGGAUGCUACGGCUCUUAAGAGGGAGCAGUUCCCGUCUGCCAUUUCUCGGCGUAUGCGGCUUAACUAG